GCGAGGUCCAUGUGUCACUGGACACUGGAGGUGGGCUGCUGAUGUUUCACGGACUGCUCACCAUUCUUCAUCUCUAGUGUCUAUCUGAUAGCUAAGGUCGACUCAGAAGAGGGCCUGCAGGCAGCAACAGCAACACAGGAGGAGGUCGAUCGCUGACCAAGAUGGAGAAGGCGUCAACUGCCGUUGCUGUCUGUUAUGGGGCAGCGAUGGGCGUCAUUUGCCCACCGAGGAGCUGGGUGUCAAUGCAGCGGCCUCGAUCGGCGGAGCAGCGGCGCCUUACACCACCAGCGCUUCCGGCGCAUUCGUGGCGGAGGGCAUGCUCUACCGAGUCUACGCCCUUACGGCGCAUCAUCCGGGCAAGCGGGUCGUCUCCGCGCGGCAGCCCGUGGUCGUUGUCGAGCGGCAGAGGAGCAACGGCUCUCGAAUCUUCUUCGUUAAUAGCGCCAGAUUGGCGUAGGGAUCUUCAGCAUGCAGAUGCAGAUCAGCGGUCAGAUUCUGCUGCUGGUGGCUUUCUGAUGGAGUCGGAGACUCCCAAUUCCAAUGGCAGGGGAGGGAAGACCACCUCCUCAUGUGGGGGAGUUGGGAUCGCUCGAGCCACGUCUGAACCCCCUUUGGACAGGGUGAAUCGAUUUCGCUUCUUGAAUUGGUUUCGUUCUAGGAAAGGCGCCCACGUGCCUGCAGAUCAGGCCAGAGUGGCUCAGCCUGGAGACAAGGGGAAGCACAACGUGUAUUAUACAGUGAGGCCAGGCGACACGCUGGCAAGUAUUGGUCAGCAAUUCGACAUUGAGAGCGACUUUUUGAUCGAAGCGAACGAGAUUCCUGACAGGGCGCAGCUGACGCCAGGUCAGGUUGUCUGGAUACCAGAGGUGUAUGUGGUGCAGAGGGGCGACACGAUGUCGACGAUUGCAGAGAAGCUGGGUAUCUCGAGGGCGAGACUGCAAGACAUGAACCCGGCGUCCAUUUACGAGGAUGACGUGCUGGUGGUGCCCCCCAAGAAGGAGGAGAUGAGGGCGCCGGAGGAGGCCGGGCAUAGCGCUGCAGGAGGGAGGGGAGUAGCAGGGCUAGGGCAUGGAGGGGACAGAGGGUCGGUCGCGCAGGGAGGGGGGGGAGAGGUGGGGACUGAGAGCGCGGCUCUAGGCCAAGGCGGACCGGGGCCAGUAGGGGGUCACAUUCCUCAUAGGCCAGGUAUGGCCGUGAAUGCGGUCAGGUACAUUCGAGAUACGGCUAGUGUGAGUACACCCUCACUCGAGAGCAACAUUACCGUCCUCCGCCGAGCACAACAGACCCUCGUGAAUGUAUGUAAGCGAGUUUUCUGGCCCGAUGCAGUCAUGAUAAAGUGGUGGUGGCGUUGGGGCCAGCAGCGGCUCUUGGAGGAGGAGAAAGAUGUGGUGGAAGAGGAAGAAGAAGAGGAAGAGGAGGACGUGGAGGACAAGAAAGAAGAAGAGGAGGAGAAGAGGGAAGUUAUGGCGGGUCCAAAAAAACAGAAAAACACAGCGAGUGCCACGUGGCACAUUCUCAGAGGAGGAGGAGGACAGGGAGGAUGGCGGAGAAGAAGAGGACGACGAGGAGGGGGAGAGGAGCAGGAGGAAGAAGAAGACGAGGCAGACGAAGUUUGUCAGAUGGUUGUGUGGGUGCUAUAUGCAACACUGGCAUUAGCAGGUCCCUACGACGAAGGAGGUCCCGACGAUAGAAGAGGCCCCGACGACGGAAGAGGUCCCGACAACAGAGGAGGUCCCGAUUGGGGAGGAGGAGGAGGAGGAGGAGGAGGAGGAGGAGGAGGAGGAGGUCCCGACUCCCGACUGACCAAGAAGAAGAGGAGAAGGUCCCGACUCCCGACCGACCAAGAAGAAGAGGAGGAGGAGGAGAGGAAGAGGAGAAGGAGAAGAGGAGGAGGAGAAGAAGAAGAAGAAGAAGAGGCGGAGGAGAAGAGGAAAAGGAGGAGGAAAAGAGGAAAAGGAGGAGAAGAAGAAGAAGGAAAGAUGGCGAGGAGGAGGAGGAGAAGAGGAGCAGGAGAAGAGGAGGAGGAGAAAAAAUGGCGAGGAGGAGGAGGAGAAGAGGAGGAGGACAAGAAGAAGAAGAAGAAGGAGAAGAAGAAGAAGAAGAAGAAGAAGAAGAAGAAGAAGAAGAAGAGGAACAAAAGAACAAGAAGAAGAUUAAAAAAAAAAAGGCGCGUGCUGACGCGUCUUCAACCGUGGCGGCAUACGUGCACGGAGGUGGGCGGUGGUGGGCGUCGUUUUUUGUCUACGAGGGAUGUGAUGGACGGUUGCGAUGGCGAUGGACCUGCUGUGCUGUCGACGACGGAGAAGACAGCACUCGCGGCGGCUGUGGUUGCCGUUGUCCGUCGUUUUCAAAUCGAGAGUGCGGUCGGGCGCAUGAAGGCAGCGCUUUCGAGGCGGCGGCAGAGGCUACUGCUGCAAAGGGUGUUGGACGCCCCGGACUGCAUCAGCACAUCCCAAGCCGUGGUUCAGCUGUGUGCUGCUAUCGGGAGCAGUUUGCUUCCUCGGGCGACGCCACGUUGGUGGAUGCGGCGGAGAGCUGGCGGGACUUGGGAGGAUUUACAAGUUUACGAUGACGCGACAGAGGACUACUUCCGGGAAAAGCUCCGCAUGUCGAGGAGAGUGUUCAUGGAGAUCAGCGAAGCAUGUGCGCCUCAUGUGCAGCGGCAGGUGACGUUUUACAGGGAGCCACUACAGUCGGAGCAGAUCGUCGCAUACACGUUGUAUAGGUGGGCCACAGGAGAGUCUUACGAUAACAACACAUCAUCCUUCGGCGUGGGCAGGACUUCCAGAGUUCGAGCCGUGCGCGAUGUGACAGCCGCCAUUUUGAGGGUGUACGGGGAGAAGAUAUCGUGGCCGACGGGGGUGCGGAAACAAGUCGUUGUGGUGGACCUAGAUCUGCGCGUUCUUGAUGUGUUCGUGGGAUAUCCAGGUAGCUGCCACAACAUUAGGGUGAUCCAACUGUCAAGUCUGUCGAGGCGCGCGGAAGAGGGAUUGCUGUUUCGUAAGCCGCCUGUGACGCUGUCAGGAGGGGUGACGACGAACAGAUACAUCUUGGGCGACAACGGGUAUCCUCCUUCUGAGUGGGUGGUGGUGCCGUACGGAGGAAUCAAUCAGCACCCGGACGAGGAAAGGUUCGACGCGAAACAGAAGGUCGCAAGAGGGGUCGUGGAGAGGGCGUUCGGGAGGUUGAAAGGGAUGUGGAGGCUCUUCCUGCGGACGCACAAGACGAACCUCGAGAGUCUGCUGCAGCAGUUCACGGCGGUAUGCAUUCUCCACAACAUCCUGCUCCAUGCAGGAAUCGAGUUCGACGGGAAUUUGUUGUGGGAGGUCGACGCGAACGGGCCAGAUUCGGGCACAGCCUCUGAACUCAGAUUGAAAGUGAGUUCAGAGGGGGAGAGCACAAACCUGGUUGAGGGCCAAGCUAGGUGCAGCAAGGCAGAGCCUUGCUGUGCUGUUGUAGCACAACAAGGGGAGGCUGAGUACAACCUUCCCUACAUGAAUGGGACCUGGGGAAAGACCCAGGUCAUCAUGUCGAGCCGCAAGUAUGAAGCCAGCCUUGUCAAGCGCCAUUUUGAUGUCCUUGGCCCCACGGGCAAGGAUCCUUCGAAGGGGGGAAAGUGGUGGGUCUGCCAUUACUGCGAUCCAAAAUUUUCGGGUAAUCUCAAUCACCUGAAGGAACAUUUCACAAAGGGGAUUUGUGCAGUUGAGAAAUCAACGAAAACAUUGACCGCAGAGGAAAUCUUGAGAAGGAAGGAAGGAUUGCGGCAGGCAAGGACAGACUCGGGCAUGGCGAGGGACGGUGCCAAUGCCCUACCUGCUGUCACCAAUUUGGUGGUUGCUUCUACGGGCGGGGGUUUGGUCGAAGGGGUGGGUGACGCUUGUGGCGAAGCAGCGAGCGUCACUUGUGGCGAAGAGGUGGGUUGCAACGGGCCAGGUAUCACGGUGCAGCACACAGGUGCAUCUGUUGCACCUGCUGCACGGAUGCGACAGAUGUUGUUGGAGGAGACCGUCAGCGUCGUCACAAAGAAUGAGCGGACGUCAAGAAGGGUAGACCGCUGGAUGACGUGCACGAACCAACCAUUCAACAUGGUUGAGAACGAGUUCUUCAACGACAUGGUGGAUGUCAUACGAGAGGCCCACCCGUCAUGGAGACUGCACUCCAGAGAGGCGGCGCGCAAUGGCCGAUUAAACGGACAGCACCAGAGCGUGAUCGAGGACGUUGGGAGAUUGACGAAGAAGUGGGAUUGCACCGGCUGUAUGGUGCAAGUAGAUAAGUGGUCUGACCGGCGGGGAAGACCACACGUAAACGUCAUGGUGUCCUCUCCCAUCAACACCGUCUUUUGGAAGUCGGUCGGGUGGGUCUCCUCCCUGGUGCCGCCCCACCUGCGUUCUCAAUUUGAGGAGGUGAUAAUGACUAUCUUGGAUGGCAGCUUUUGGGAGCGGGUGGACAAGGCCUUGAGAACCACGGAGCCCAUUGUCAAGCUACUGAAGCUCGUCGAUGGUCCGGGCGCAAUAAUCGCCAAGGUUUAUCAUCGAAUGGAUGGUGUGGUGGAGUCGAUUCGCAAGUUGGACAUCUUGGGAGACUUCGAGAAGGCAGAGGUCGAGUCGAUCCUCAUGGAUCGAUGGGCGUUCAUGACUUCAGAGCUGCAUUGUGCAGCAGCCUUCUUGGACCCGGAGUUCAAAGACACUGAGAUCCGAGCCGGGUUCAACAUAUGGUUGUAUACCUGGUGCAUAGACGAGAUGUUCGAUGAUGUGAGCUGGCAGGUUGACGAGUGGGUGCACUUGAAGGGGGCCUUGCAAUCAGAGGAAGCUUUGCGCGCAGCACGCACCAAGACCCCGGCGAUGUGGUGGGAUGCGUUUGUAUCGCGGCUGCAUCUUUUGCAGCCCCAAGCGAUCAGACUAUUGGGCCAGGCAAGCUCAUUCGCGGCAUGCGAACGCAACUGGAGUCUGCAUGAGCUCAUUUUUGGCAGGAGGAGGACGAGGAUUCUGCCCACCCGCCUAUCAAAGCUCGUCUACAACAAUUGGAACCUCCACCUGCAGUGGAGGCAAGAGCGCGGUCGUGGUGUGGAUGAUGUCCACAUUCCGUGGGUGGAGGAAAUGCCGGACGCCGAGUUGAAGGAGGAGGCAGAGCAUGGCGAGAAUGACACGUCGGACGAGGAAGGCGAGUUGGAGGACGACGACGAUGGCGAGGAAGUGCCUAUGGCAAGGAGGUGGUUGCGCAAUGACGAGGUGGACAAUGCAAUGGACCAAGAGGAGGGCCUUGCGCACAUAGAUAAGGACACGGACGACUGGCACUUCAACACUCGACCGGGGAGGCAGCUGGAGCGUGCCUUGCGGAGGUUGUCGGGCCAUGAGCGCCCAGCACCUGAAGUGCAGUAUAACAAGGAGGACCGGGAGCUUGCACUGCGGGCUCGAGAGACGGGUGAUUGGGUGGAGGGUCGAAAGGAAGGCGGAAGCAGCAGGCAACGUAAAGUGCGGCGCGGUGAUGAGGGUUGUCGUCACGGUAAACGUGCUGCGGAGGAGGUCAUUGAACCUCUGGAGAAACGGAAGAGAGGACGGCUGACCAACAAAGAGGCCGCAACAAGAAAAGCAGCAAUGCGAGCCGAGAAGAAAAAUGCAGCGUUGGAAGCAUCGAGAAAAAAAAAAUCCAAGGGAAAGAAAAAAGCAGCAGCAAAAGCAAGAAAAAGGGACGACAUCAUCGACGAUGACGGCACAGAAGCAUGUUCAUCGUCUUCAGCUUCUUCAGAGGAAGGGGAUGAUGAAGCUCAUGAUGCCAACGACGGAGAACUGCAGAGUGUAGAGGAGGGAACUGAGCACGAGGAGGAGGAAGAGGAAGGCCAGGAGGAAGAGAAAGGUGAGGAGGAAGAGGAAGGCGAGGAGGAAGAGGAAGGCGAGGAGGAAGAGGAAGAGGAAGAGGGUGAGACUUCUGCACGGGGAGUGUUCUGUUUUGCUGGCUGUGCAGUGUUUCUGUGUCUGCAUCAGAUAACAAGGGAUAACAACUUAACAGAUAUGAAAGACGACAACGGCAAGCAGCAGUACAGUGGCAAGCAGCAACAAAGGCAGCCUGCGGCACAGGUCAGCCAUGAAGGAGAGGGGACGCACUUGGCUGUCGCGAUCGCGGCGACCUGAGACACACGUUGCACGAGGGAAGACGACAACGUACGAAAUUGCUGCAGCCACCGGCCGGGGGUGGACGCUUAAAGAAAUUCGUGUUUUCGACCGUUAGGUAGCCCGCAGUAGCGCUACGACACCUCCACGACCCGCCAAAAAGACGAG